AUGAAAAAUAUGUAUUCGUCUGCACAGAACAACAUUUCGGAUCUACUCAAAUUAGCCAAAAAAUUCAACUGUUUUUAUCUAUCAGGCUUGCAUCAGGGAGUAUGCAAACCGUUUAUUGUUGCCGGAUAUCAAGUGGGCCUGAUUCGUCCUGAUGUUAUGAAGUAUCUAAUUAGAUUUCCAGAGGUGUUCAGAAUCACUGGAAAGUAUGUAGAGCUGAACCCAGCAUUCAGAGACUAUAAAGAGAGGUCAACAAAGGUAGCCGAUGUGUUGCAGAACUUGAGAAAAGAAAAUGAUAUAUGUGCUCUGAAAGGCUGGAGAGAUGAGUGUUUUGGAGUAACUACACCAUUACAUCCCGAGAGUUUGUUGGAAAUGGACAGAAGUGCCAUGUGUCUGUUUGGUAUCAGGAGCUAUGGCGUGAGUGUCACUGGUUAUGUCAACCACCCAACAAAAGGCCUCUGCAUUUGGUUACAGCAGAGAAGCUUUACUAAACAAACUUGGCCAGGCAAAUGGGAUUGUUUCGUGAGUGGUGGCCUGGCUGUUGGCUAUGGUAUUCUGGAGACUACAAUAAAGGAGGCUGCUGAGGAAGCUUCUGUUGAAGGAGAACUAGUGAAAAAGUUGGUUCCAGCUGGCUGUGUAAGUUUUUACUUUGAAAGUGAAAGGGGCUUAUUCCCAAACACAGAGUAUGUGUAUGAUCUUGAGUUGCCCCUUGACUUUAUGCCCCAAAAUGCUGAUGGUGAGGUGGAGAAUUUUGAGAUAUUGACUGCCGACGAGUGUAUCCAGAGGGCUUUGACACCUCAAUUUAAGACAACGAGUGCACCAGUCCUUCUGGACUUCUUGAUACGUAAAGGACACAUUAAUCCUGAGAAUGAACCUCACUACCGGAAUCUGGUGGAGUUACUUCAUGUUCCUCUGCAGUCAAUUUACAACUGGCCAUGCACUGCAGCAUAUGCCACUAUGGCCACUAAUGGCGAUGGCACUGAAAUACAUCAAGCUAACUAA